UAUAACCUACAAAAUGUCAAGUUGUUCUACUUGGAGGUUAUAUGAUGAAACCGACACAUACUAACCGAAUAAACAGUUAAAAACGAGGAAAUGGCAAGGUACAUAGCACAGCUAAUAGUGGCCGGGACGCAGGUAGUAGCCAAGGCGUUCGCGAGGGCCAUAAAACAGGAAAUAGAGGCUUCCCAGCAGGCAGCUCAAAAGCUAGGAGGGAGUGCCAAAACCAGAUCGGAAAGGAUGGCAAACCAAAAGCUAGGAUUAUCUCUGGAGGAGGCCAAGCAGAUCCUCAACAUUAAAGAUUUAAGUAAAGAGGAAAUAGAGGAAAAAUUCCAAGCGUUGUACAAAGCUAACGAAAAGACCUCCUUGUAUCUACAAUCGAAGAUCGUUCGAGCGAAAGAAAGGUUAGACCACGAAGUAAACAAUCCCGAACAAAGUAAAAGUCAGUCGGCGAGUAAAACGUAGUGAUUUUAUACUUAAUUUAUGAAUAAA